AUGGGAUUGCAAAAAUUGAAUGAUUCUGAUUGGCCUCCUCUGACAUUAGAAGUUAAUGAUAACACUUUUCGAAAACGAGUCACUCUGCAAGACAUAAAAAUGACUGAACAUAAACCUAUCCUUCUUUGUAUGGGUAACCCUUUAUUGGAUAUUUCCGUUGUUGCCGAUGAGUCCCUUCUUAAAAAAUACGAUCUGAAAGCCAACGAUGCUAUCCUUGCUGAAGAAAAGCAUAAACCUUUGUACGAAGAAUUAGUCAAAUCUUACAAACCUGACUAUGUAGCUGGUGGUGCUGCCCAGAAUGUUGCUCGAGCUGCUCAGUAUAUUCUUCAGCCAAAUUCAACUGUCUAUUUUGGAUGUGUCGGCAAUGAUCAAUUCGCUGAACAGAUGCGCAAUGCUGCGCAAAGAGAAGGUUUAAUUGCUGAUUAUUUAGUUACCGAUGAACAUCCGACUGGCACUUGCGGUGUUAUUAUUACUAAUAAUCAUAGAUCAUUGGUAGCGAAUUUAUCGGCCGCAGAACAAUAUAAAGAUUCCUCACACAUUGAUCUACCUGAAAAAUGGGAAAUUGUAAAAAAUGUAAAAUUUUAUUAUAUUACAGGAUUUUUUAUGUCAUCUUCAAUUAGUUCAAUGUUGAAAGUUGCUAAGCAUGCAGCUGAAACAAAUAAGCCUUUUAUGUUCAAUUUAUCAGCACCAUUUAUAUGUCUAGCCCCUCAAAUGAAAAAAAGUUUAAGUGAAAUUGUUCCAUAUUGCGAUAUCAUUUUUGGUAAUGAAUCUGAGGCUGAAGCUUUUGCUGUUUCGGAGAAUUGGCAGUCAAAGGACCUUAGAGGAAUCGCUCUAAAGAUAGCGACUCUCCCUAAAAUUAAUACAUCACGCUCUCGUAUUGUUAUAAUCACUCAUGGUUCUGAACCCACAAUUGUUGCAAAUCAAGACCUUAGCAUAUAUGAAGUACCGAUAAUUCCAAUUAAUGUUGAAGAAAUCGUUGACACAAACGGUGCUGGUGAUUCUUUUGCUGGUGGAUUCCUAAGUCAGUAUGUGCAAGGAAAAACAAUUGAAGAAUGUGUUAAUGCUGGUCAUUGGCUUGCUAAUAUUAACAUUAAACGUGUGGGUCCUACUUUUCCCGAAGAAAAAAUUCCCUAUCCUUCAUAA